CUCCUUGCGAAGGUUAGAAGCCACAGUUCCUCUGCCGAGUCCAGUGAGAACUUCCCCAUGACUUCUCCAUGGGCCUGUGGCCUCUUAGCUAGUUGUAACAGGACUGAGCCCUCUGCAAUUGCAGUCACUUCCAUUACUUUGCGGCCUGGUGGUCCACAAAUACCAGGAGCCAGGUGGUGGGUGAAGGGUUAACGGAUUGCAGAGCUUGUCGGGGAAGUGUGGGAUAAAUGGGAACGUCAAUAGCCUGGAAUUUAAACCCAGGGAGAGGCGUUCGGUAGCCCUGGAGAAGGAAGUCUCAGUUUAUCAAUGGAAAAGGUAGCAUGAACAUCCCACAAACCUGACUUAGAGUGACCCACUGACUUCAGUGCAUAAGGUUAGGCAUUUGGUUAGGGGGCUUGCUGGACUGGGGCCAGAGGGCUCAUCCCCUUUACAGGAUGGAGCCCUUAGCCUCCCCCACAUCUACUGACCCUGAUCUACUGAUGUGUAAGGGAGGCUAAGUGCAUGUGUAACUUACAUGGAGCCCUUUAAAUAGCCCCAUCCCUGAUUUAACGCAUGUCCUCUGUUGCCUUGUCCUGUAAGCAGAGGUGAAAGUAAGCCGGUACGGCGUACCGGUAAGAAAGUUCCUGCCGGUACACAGUCGACUGUUCCAGCAGGGCUGCUCAUGGGCGGGGGCAAAAGGGGCAGUCCAGAGCCGCCCCCCAACCUUGCCCGGGACCUGAGUACCGGUAAGUCCGUUAAGUUACUUUCACCCCUGCCUGUAAGUGGCAGUCCCGGACACAGGAGGAGGUGUUAAGUAAGUGCUAAAUGGGGUUAUGAAUGUCAGCAAGGGAAUGGGUCUAAUUUAUAGCCCCUUCAGACACAGGGCCCUACAUCUUGCAUGGUUUGGCCGGUAGGAUGCAGAGAGACACUGACAAGCAGGCAUAUGCUGUGGUGGGGAAAAUCCCACCCAUCGUGGCUUUAUACUUCCUUUCUCCAGUCUAUUUUCCCCUGUGGUCCAGCACACAGUGAGCAGGUGUGAUCACCACAAGAAGUGUGAAACUGCAUGGGGAAAAAACUCUGACUUUUUUUUUUAAGUGAGACUAUUAGCUGAAUAAAAAAUGGGGGAGGGGUUGAGGACACUUGAAUCUGCUAAAACAGGCAUUGGGGGUUGAUCAGGGAAUAGGAUGCCUGGAAUAGUAACUAAAGGUCUGCUCCUGCCCUACUGAAGUGAAUGGGAACUUGGCCAUUGACAUCAGGGGUCCGGGACCCAGCCCUGCAAAAACGGCUGCGUGGGUUUAAUUGUAUGCAUGUGAGCAGUCCCACUGCAGUGAACUGAGCUCCGUGCAGAGGCCGGUGCAGAGUGAAAUCAGUGAGCUAUGACACUCCGCACCAGCUAAAACCAUCCUCCCUGCCAUACGUAAAAUUCAGCGUGUGCAUAAGUCUUUUCAGGAUUGGGGCCUCUGUGGGAGUCUGAAACGAUGGUGAAAGGCCCCGCUCUGCCCUACACACUCUUGCUCCACAACAUUCUCCAUCAGGGGCAACAGAAUGAAUUCUCACUUGGUCGGGGUUUGGUAGGUGAUAGCAUGGGCCAGCCGAAUGGGACUUGGGACUCCUGGGUUUUGUUCCUGGCUCUGCCAUGGACCCGCUGAGUGUGUUUGGUCAAGUCACUGCCCUUCUCUGUGCCUCAGUUUCCCCAUGUGUAAAAUAGGAAAAUGCUACUUACUUUGGGUCCUGAGCCUUUGGAAACUGGGUCUAUAACAGCCUGAAUUUGUCAGCCUUCAAACCACGCUGGAAGACCCAUCUUGCCCAUAAGAGGAUGAGGGAUCGCUAUCAGUGGUGGAGAUUCUGGGCAGGACUCGCUGCAGAGAAACCACACGGAGCAGAGGAAGUCAUUGACCGACAGUCUUGAAGGAGUCUCUUUUCUGUCGCUUGCUGUCAGAAAUUCGCCUCCUCUGUCAUCUUGGAGUGUCAAGAGCAGGGAGGGUAACAUGAAAUAUUCCAGCUAUUAACAGCGACCGGUGCAGCUGAUUCUCUCUUCUGGAACCAGAUCAUGAGGGUCUCCUUGUGCCUGCUGCUUUUCUGUGUGGUACAUGGUGGAGGUUGCAAAGAAAUGGAAGUGGCCGCAAUUGCAGGGGAAUCCGUCCAGUUACAGCCAGUGAAAUUGCCGGAGCAUUGGGCAGAAAUCACCUGGAGGGUCGCACUAGGCUCAACAGAGACGUAUCGGCUUGUAACAUUUAAUAAAAAGGAAGCCCAUGACCUUGGGUCAGCCCCACAUUUUAUCGACAGAGUCACUUUCCACCAUGAGAACCUCUCACUGCAGAUCGAUCCUGUUAACAAGUCAGACAGUGGCCUCUAUAUCUUGGAAGUUGACCCUGGAGGAGGCCGAGUCAACAUCACAAAGUUCAAUGUCUCUGUGUUUGACCGAGUCCGGCAGCCAAACCUCACGGUGCUCUCUGCCCACCAGGAGCUCGGCCAGUGCAACAUUACCCUGUCCUGCUCGGUGCCUGGUGCUGACACAGUCAGCUACAGCUGGUCCCAAGGCAUGUCCCGGAUCCUGUCUGACAGGGACCAUCAGCUCCCUGGCUACCAAUCCCUGCUGCACGUAGUGAUUAAUGCAGACAGCGGUGACGUCUUCUACCGAUGUAAUGCUAGUAACCGAGCCAGCUGGGAAGCAGACACUGUAGAUGUCAAACCAUUGUGCAACUCCCCAGCCACAGACUUUUUUCAGAAAGUCCCACUGUGGGCAACUGUUGCUGCAGGACUGGGGCUUCUGCUCACGACGCUCACCCUCAUCUUCCUCUGCAAGCAUCGGAAGAAACGAAGUUCCUGCAAAGACGGUGACCCACCCCUCACCCUCUACGAGGAAGUGAAGGACUCCCGCACCAGAAGACACGCUAAUGGAAAUGCACAGGGAAGAACUGUAGGAAACACCAUCUACGCUGAGAUCAACUGCAACCUGAAAGCAGCAGACUUCACGGUGUAUGCUGCUGUCCAGAGGCCUUCUUCUGUUAAGAAGAAGAAAAUCAAUCCGUCCUUGAUCUCGACCAUCUACAUGGAGGUUCAAGAAGCCCCUUCCAGACCCAGGCGUCCUCAAAUGGUGCGCUCAUCUUCACCUAAUCCUGGGCAUCUGUAUUCCUAGCUUCCGCAGCCCCUCGCGGCAGGACACCAUCUUCCUUUCCUUAAAGACCUUUUCCUCUUGGAGCGAGCUCCUUGCUGAUGGACAGACCUCCACCUGUGCAGAUAAGCACAGCUUUGAUCCGAGCUGCUUGGAUGCACAAGACUUGGGGGGGUUUCCUCCUUGCGCUCAGAGCGGAAAUAUCACAAUAAGAGUGUCUUAGAAUCAUAGAAUAACAGAGUUGGAAGGGACCUCUGGAGGCCAUCUAGUCCAACCCCCUGCCCAGAGCAGGACCAAUCCCAACUAAAUCAUCCCAGCCAGGGCUUUGUCAAGCCUGACCUUAAAAACUUCUAAGGAAGGGGAUUGCACCACCUCCCUAGGUAACGCAUUCCAGUGUUUCACCACCCUCCUUCAUUCGUAUCAUGCAGUCCCAGGCCAAACCGUGAAGGCUCACUGAAAACAAAUACACAGAGGGAGCAGAGAACAGAUACCGGAACUUUUCUUUCAUUGGGAAAGGUUGUUUGAGAAGGUUUGAUGUGGAAAGAUGGUUGGUUUGGGGGUAUUUUAUUUUGUUAAUUUCAACGGGUUCAACACUCCUGUGGAGUUUGCACGCAGAGAUGUGCAGAGAUUUAACUGUAUAAGCAACAGGUAUUGUGGGUUAAUUUGCUUAAUAGCUUAUUUAUAGCUUUAAAAUAUAGCUAAGCAGGACAGAUGUAGGAUGUAACUCACCCUAAUGCUAAUGUAAAUCAGGAGUAACUCCACUGAAGUCAACUGGACCAAAUACUCUGUUGGUGUAAAUCAACUGAGCUCCAAGUUACUUAUCCUGGUUUUACACAGCUGUGAGAGGAGAUUCAGCCCCUACUCUUCGGGGAGGUAUCUAAGGGGCAGGGAAUGGCACUGGAAUUUGAUGUUCUAAGUUUUGGUGACUGAGUUGUAUAAGAGCCCAGACCCAGGUCUCGCGUCAUCCUGAGGAAGAUGACUAUUACCAAUUGUUUUAUUUUAUACCAGGGGUGCCCAGUGUCUUGUUAGAGUGAGCAAGAGUCAAAGUGACUAGAAACAAAAGUGAAACUGACCAGCCAAAGUUUGUCCUGGCUGAGGGAAAUGCAAACCGGCAGAAUAGAGAGAAUCAAGAAGAAGUUUUGAACCUUCCAGUGACUUCCCACACUUGCGGGGGUAGUGGCUUUGGUGGGCUGCUCUUAAUGAUCUGAAUCCUGGGUCAGGAUAUUCCCCUCCAGUUGCACCCUGUGAAGCAUGAAUUGGAAUCACUAACGCGAAGCUGUAUUGAGAGCCCUUGCCAUGCCUGCUACAAGAAAUAAGUUCAGCGAGGCUGGGGAAAUUGUAAUGUCCCGGUGCUCUGCAGAAUUUGUGUGUGUAUGUGUAUGUAUAGAAGUUCCAGCCCAGAUCCUCAACCGGUAUCACCUGGCACAGCUCUAUUGAAGUUAAUGGAGUUAUGCCGAUUUAGGCCAGAUCUUUAGCUUGUAUAAUGUAUUUAAAGAGAUGUAGCUGUGGGAAGAAUACCUUUUGUAUUAUAUUGUAGGUGAGGCCAAAUGCUCAGGAAAAAUAAAUACUACUGUCUGACAAGUA